GAGAGAGAGAGUUCACAAUCCCUAUACACCCACCACAUUUAUUUAGUCUUUCACCUUUCUUAUCUCUUUUUUAUAUAUACCCCCUUGGAGGGUUGGACCACCCACGUGAAACCAUUACAACACCGCAAACCUCCAAUCUUUUCAGCGUCCUAUGGCAUAAGCCAAGCUCCAUUGCCAUGGAUUGGUACUCUUGGUUGUCAAAAACUGCCCUUGAGCCCUCACUUAUCUAUGACUAUGGACUUGCCUUCUCCCGUAAUGAGCUUCAAAAAGAGGAUUUAGCCUACUUCAAUCAUGAGUUUCUUCAGAGCAUGGGCAUAUCAGUUGCCAAGCAUAGGCUUGAGAUUCUCAAGCUUGCUAGGAAGGAAGUUGGAGAAACCCCUAAUAGCCUGUCCAAGCUCAUUUUGGCAAUCAACAAAACCAGAAAGAGCUUUAACAAGUAUGUUAACAAGUUGGUUCACCAUGAGAAUAACUCGAUUAAGCGGCUGCCGGAGCCGGGUCGUUAUCGAGAUCAGUGGAGAGGAGGAUUGACAAGGAAGUGCAACAGUGAGAAGGAGGUGAACAUUGAGCAGCCAGUGCGGAGAACCAGGAAGAUAGCAAAAUCUGGCCCCCUGGAUUGUAGAGUACAAGAGAAGUUGCUUGCCCCUCCUAGGAGCCUAAAAUUGUCAGGGCCACUAGACAGAAAAAUGCAGGAGAAUCUGGUGUUCAACUAUAAGAGCCCUGUGACAUCUGGUCCUAUUGAUAUUGCAAUUGCACAAGAGAGGUUGAUUCUCACAACAAAUAGGAGCCCAAAACUAUCAGCACCUCUUACUUAUGUAAGACCUCCAAGCCCAAAGAUUCAUGGUGACUACUACAAGGAAAAGACAGGCAGGGACUAUGGUGAUCAGACAUUAUGGGCUGCAAUGUUUCAGGACAUGAAACCCACUUGACUUCACCACAUGUCUUUCAUAGUUUUCAGUGGAAAGGUAAGAUACAUGUCAUUCAGAUGUUUCCUUCCACUCAGAGGGGCUUCCCUAUAUGCCUUUGCAUCUGAACCUGAUUCUGAUAUAAGGUUAGGGUGUCCCAAAAUUAGUAUACUAAAGUCGUGUUGGACGGUUUUAUUUAUCAUCAACACGCAUCUCAUAGUUUUAUACUCAUUUUGAGUUCAUUUCAGCUAAAUUUUCGAAAUUUAUGGUUUGGUAGGAUGUUUUUGAGUUGUAAAAUCCUUCAUUUUGGCAACCUUCAUGUCCUUGUAAUGAAAAAAGAAAAAUAAACCAUAGAUUGUGUGCUGUGAGCUUUCUUCUAA